UACGGAAGCUCGUUUGCGCAACGAACUAGCGAGUAAGCUUCCUCAAAAUGGCCAGCUGGGGAAGGUUCGGCCUUGUAUUCAGGAGUUGUUUGAGGAGCUCUCGGACUCUGAAAAGUGUAGCAUUGCGCCGUGCUGCGGCUCCUGGUAUUUUGGGGUCUGUCAUUGGAACCGGGGCUAUCUGCUACUACCAGUAUCAUGCUAACAACAGGACUCUGCCCUGCGCUGUUUAUGCCGAGGAAGAAAAAGAAGGUGUUGCUCCCAUGCUCUCGGCCAGAAAGAUGCGUUUCAUUCAGUUCGCCUCAGUGGGGUACGAAAAGGAGCCCUAUAUGACCCCAAGAGACUUCCUGUUCUCUGUGAUGCUGGAGCAAGUGGAUCGAAAGCUCCAGAAGAGAAAUUUAACAUCACAGGAGGUGGACGGUAUGCUGCUCGCUGCCUCCAAAGCUCGGCCUGGCACCGAGCUGUUCAGACACUUAGGGGACAACGGUUUGAUUUCCUACACAGAGUAUCUGUUCCUGCUGACCAUCCUGACCAAGCCGCGUACCGGGUUCCACAUCGCCUUCAAAAUGCUGGAUGUUGAUGGCAAUGAGCAAGUGGACCAAAAGGAGUUUCUUAAGCUCAAGAAAAUCCUCGGGCAAAGUAAAACGAGACCUCCGAAGGACGCAGCAGAGCCUGGAUCGACACAGACGGCAGCAGAUGGAGGAGAAGGCGUGAACACAACGCUGCAGGCGUACUUCUUCGGGAAGAAAGGAGACAACAAGCUGCAGUAUCAGGAGUUUCGCAGGUUCAUGGAGGACCUGCAAGCUGAGGUCCAGGAGAUGGAGUUCCUGCAGUUCUCCAAAGGAAUGGACACCAUGAGAAGAGAAGACUUUGCAGAGUGGCUGCUUCACUACACCAACGAAGAAGACAAUGAGGUGUACUGGGAAAACAUGAGGAAGAAGAUCCCUGCUGGUCAGAGCAUCACAUUUGAUGAGUUCAAAGCCUUCUGCCUGUUCACAAACAACCUGGAGGAUUUUGCCUUUUCGAUGAAGAUGGUGACUGAGGCCAACCGUCCUGUGGGGCUGGCCCAGUUCAAGCGAGCCGUGAAGAUCGCCACGGGCCACGAACUAUCGGAGAACGUCUUGGACACGGUGUUCAAACUCUUCGACAUGGAUGGAGACAACUGCCUGAGCCACAAGGAAUUCAUCGGCGUGAUGAAUGACAGGAUGCUGCGCGGCCUGAAGGUGCAGCCUCAGAACGGCAUCCCCGGCUACUGGAAGUGUGUGAAGAAGGAGACCCUGAAAGGAGCUCAGGAGGCCCUGGGACACAACGGGAGCCCCAUUUGAACCACUCAUGUGUUCUGCAAUCAGAUAUUCAUUAAAACAAGAGUUGUGAAUGAGAUUAUACAGGUAACAGAGAAAUAUAGGAUUUCUACCACUUUAAAAUAUGUUCACACAUCAACAAAUGUGUGGUUCUGAUCGGGGUGUGGUGGUGGGGGUGUGCACAUCGCUGUAGCCAUUUACAUUAUUUGGUCAAGCAUGUUGUUCAUGUGCACUUAAGAGAACCAGGUUGCCACUGAUUUUCUCCAGGAAGCAGGUUUCCGACCUGCCGUGGGGGUUGGGAAGCUGUUGAACUGCUUUGCUCUCAGACUUUCAGCCAUAGUGGAAGCACAGAAAUCCCUGAAUGCGUCGUUACCAUGACGCUGUUUUACCAACAAGGCUGGUGAUGGAGGCGGUCUCUCUUUAGAAAAGCUUCCACCCGAGUUAGUUUAGCUAUAAAAUAAAACCCAGUAAGAAAACAUCAUGCAUGGGUGAAAGUCUGGUUUAAAACGCUUGAUAAAUAAAGUCUGUAGGGGGAACCUAGUGAUGGUGGCGGUUGUGUGCACGUGGCCCCAACGUGGACUUCUAUGUGCAUCCGAUGACCGACAGCUGCACCGUCUGCCAUGAUUCCUGCCUGUUGUGGUGUUAGAGGUUGAAACUAAUGCUGCCCAAGUAAUUAGCUUUGUUUGUGUUGGGAGAAGUCGAGUUAAUGCGAACACCACCUAUACGCUGCUUUCUGCUGUCAUCACCUGCGUUUACAUGUUCAGCUUUGGCUUAAAUUCAUCCUGAUGGUGGGGUUUGUGUUUGUGAUGUUUAUCAAAUAAAGUUUGUUAAAAACA